AUGUUUAAUGGAGCUUCAUGCCGUUGUUGCCUUGUGCGCCCGCCAGACAAGGAUUUGUACUCCACAUACUCAAGACUCGGCAAACCUGAAGUUUAUUCUGACAUGCUGAAAGAAUGUUUUGAAAUACACUUACCUGAUAAUUCCGGUGAUGAGGAUGCCGGUAUAUGUGAAAUCUGCAUCAUGCGUCUCCGUGAUGCUAGUGACUUCAAACAUCAAGUGCAGCGCUGUCAGAUAGAUUUCAGAGCUAAGCUGUUGAGCAUCAAAGAUGAAGCUCAUUCGAAGGUGAAGGAAGAACUUGCUGAAUUGGACGAGGAGAAUGGAAUAUUAUUCCUAGAAAUUAAGGACGAAGUGUCAGACUUUGAAGACGGAUUGCUGAAAGAAGAAGACGAAGACGACAAGAACUUGGCAGAAAUAAUGAGCUUCAACAACGUCAGCAUUAAGAAGUAUUCGUCGAAGAAGGGCACCACUAAGCGAAGGUUAAACAAAAAAGAUCGAAAAUCAAAGAAACAUAGUUCGUUAAAGUUGUCCCUGCGCACGCUCACAACGAUGAACGAAAUUCUGCAGGCCAAGAAAGUAACGACAUCUAGUUUGGUCUCCGAAAACACAAAGCACAAGUUUAAUAUCGAGAAUUUGCUCAAGCAUUCGAACUGCACGCCGUUUUCUAAUAAGACAUUAUCAGGUAUAAUCUGCGCGUAUUGUAAAGAGACGUACUCGGACCUCCAGCACCUCCGCUCGCACAUCGCCGCCGCCCACGCGAACGACCAUCUCAUCGACAACAAACGCAUGGAUAAAAGUAACCUCUCCAUCAAAAUUGACAUCACAGGCCUCCAGUGCAAGCUGUGCCACGCGGCCUGUGACGCCAUCGCCAAUCUAAAAACACACCUCAUCAACAAACACGACAUCAAAUUCUACCCCGACGUCAACGACUACAUUUUAGAGUUCAAACUUACAGACGGACAAAUAUUAAACUGCGCUUUGUGUAAUUCCACAUUCGAAACCUUCAAAAUGCUACUGCAACAUAUGAACGGCCAUUACAGAAAUUAUAUAUGCGAUAUUUGUGAUCUGGGCUUCAUAAAUAAACAUAAAUUAAGAAACCAUCAACGCACGCACGAUAUAGGCACGUUUAACUGUUCGUUUUGUGACAAAGUCUUCAGUACGAGAGUGAGGAAACUCUGUCACGAGAAGUAUACUCAUAAUGCAGGCGCCAGGUACACGACGAACUGCCCACACUGUGAUGAGUCGUUCACCAGUUAUUAUCAAAGAAACAGACACAUGACUGACGCUCAUAAUUCAUCUGCAGCCACUUAUAAAUGUAACAUUUGCGAUAAAUCAUUUAUAUUAAAAUCAAAACUCACAUCACAUAUAAAAAAAGUUCAUUUAAUGGAACGAAAUCAUAUUUGUGCGGAGUGCGGACAAGGAUUUUUCAUCAAGCAAUCGUUAGAUGAGCACAUGAUAAAGCAUAAUGGCGAAAGAAUAUAUAAGUGUACUGUUUGUAGUAAGGCUUAUGCGAGAAAAAAAACUCUAAGAGAACAUAUGAGAAUUCAUAAUAAUGACAGGAGGUUUAAAUGUGGGCUGUGUCCGCUUGCCUUCGUUCAGAAGUGUAGUUUGAAGUCUCAUAUGUUGUCGAACCAUGGCAUCACUCUCGCUGAAUAUGAGAGCGCCAAAACUGGUGCUUCGAGUCCUUAG